AUGUGCCGAACAUUCUUAUCUACACCAUCCAGUUCCAUAUCUGCCUCUCCAUCACCUGAGAGCUCCCAAUCUUCUAAGGUGGAGAUCCAUCCUCCGACCAGAGUGAUGGUUGGAAAAACUGCUGGCUGCAGUCUUCCCAGUAUCAAUACUGCUCUUGAGCAACCUCGGGGGCCAAACAAGGUAGAGAAGAUGCUCGUCUGGACAAAAAUGGAUGCUAUGUACGCUCCGCUUCAGAUCGUCCUCAUCUACCGGCCUCCCAAAGCAACUACCACCUUCUUGUCUGACCUGUCUGAGCUCCUCACCUCUGUCUGCUCCAGGUCUUCUUCCAUACUUCUCCUUGGAGACUUCAAUAUCCACGUUGACUCCACCAGCUGUACACUCACCUCCGAAUUUCUAUCACUACUGGACUGCUUCAACAUCACACAGCAUGUCCAAGGACCCACCCACUCCAAAGGUCACACACUGGAUCUUGUGUGCUCCACUGGUCUCACCCCAUUCAUUCCACAAUGCCUGGACCUAGCCAUCUCAGAUCACCAUGCUGUUUUCCUCUCUAUCCCCACCCUCCUCCCCAGACAGCUUACAAAAUGCAACAUCACUUUCCGUAUCCUCAAGUCAAUAAGCAUCCCAGCCCUCAAGAACAUGUUAGCUACCAACCUGACCACUACACACCCUAUAACCACAGUUGAUGCCCUGGCGAAUCACUACAAUACAGCACUAUCCCUCAGCCUGGAUUCUCUCGCCCCUCUGAAGACUCGCUCAGUCUCCUUUACCCACCCAGCCCCCUGCUGGAGAGACUUUCUAAAAAAAUCUGGCCUCACCGUCCAUCUGGAGGCCUAUAAAGAGCAUGUGCGCUCCUACAAAGAAGCUCUCUCCAGAGCAAAGUCCAGCUACUACUCAUCCCUCAUCAGUGACCAGCAAAACCAUCCCCGGAUGCUCUUCUCCACAAUAAAUUGCCUUCUCCGCCCUAUUGACAACCUUCAUCCCCUAGCCAACUUCGACCGCUGCACUAGGCACCUGCAGUUUUUCCAGGAUAAAGUUGCCUCCAUCCAGCAGCAACUUUCAUAUGGACCUCCACCUCAGGAUUUCACUUCACAUCAGGACACCGCUCCUCCGCCUCACUGCCGUCUUUCCUGCUUCACACCCGUGGACACUCUCCAAGUAGCUGAAUGGGUCAAGAAGGCCAAGGCAUCCACCUGCUCUCUCGACCCCAUGCCCACACCACUGGUGAAAGCAUCUCUGUCUGUUCUGUGCCCCAUCAUGGUAGACAUCAUCAACACCUCAUUAUCAUCUGGAAUUGUCCCCUCAUCCUUCAAAACUGCCUCAGUAACCCCCAUCAUCAAGAAGCCCGGGUCAGACCCGGAGGACCUCUCCAACUAUCAACCGAUCUCCAACCUUCCCUUCAUCAGCAAAAUUCUCGAAAAAGCAGUCGCUACCCAACUCCAGCAACACAUGUCCAACCAUGAGCUCCAUGAACCUCUUCAAUCAGGAUUUCGCACUCACCACAGCACUGAAACCGCCCUUAUCAAAAUAACCAAUGACCUCCUCACAGCUGCAGAUUCUGGACACAUCAGCCUCCUCAUUCUCCUUGACCUAACCGCUGCCUUCGACACAAUAUCCCACACCGUCCUCCUUGACCGCCUGUCUCACCAUCUUGGCAUCACUGAUACAGCUCUCUCCUGGUUUCACUCAUAUCUCUCACAAAGAAAACAGUUUGUUACCAUCGGCACCUCUCACUCAUCCCCCGCCCCAGUUAACCAGGGCGUGCCUCAAGGCUCUGUUCUUGGACCUCUCCUUUUCACCAUCUACAUGCUUCCCCUUGGACAGAUUAUUCACAAACACGGUCUCAGCUUUCAGUCUUAUGCAGAUGACACCCAACUCUAUCUCAGCACCAAACCAUCCACUCAGCUCCCUCCCCACUCCCUGGUAAAAUGCCUCCACGACAACAAAGCCUGGAUGACCUCUGACCAACUCAAACUCAACAGCAAUAAAACAGAGCUCAUGGUGGUGGCCCCCAAAGCGCUGCUGCAGAAGGUUGGAGAUCUCAUGCUCGAUGUGGACGGGACCUCCAUCUGUCCAUCCUCCGAGGUCCGAAACCUGGGCGUCAUCCUGGACUCCACCCUCUCCUUCCAGUCCCACAUAAAGUCUGUCACCAAAUCUGCCUUCUAUCAUCUCAAGAACAUCUCCAGACUCCGACCAUCACUCCCUGAUUCUGUGGCUGAAACACUCAUUCAUGCUUUCAUAACCUCCCGCCUGGACUACUGUAAUGGAGUCCUGUCUGGAGUUCCCAGCAAAACCCUGGACAGGCUUCAGUACGUCCAAAACUCUGCAGCUAGAGUUCUCACCCGCACUAGACCCUGGCAACACAUCACUCCAACCCUCAUCCACCUCCACUGGCUCCCUAUCAAGUCCUGUAUCAACUACAAAGUCCUCCUCCUCACAUACAAAUCUCUCCAUGCUCUGGCUCCCCAGUACCUUUCUGAUCUCCUCCAUCCAUACAUACCAUCCCGCAACCUUCGAUCUUCAGACACCGGCCUACUUUCCAUGCCCAAAACCAAACUCCGAACCUAUGGAGACAGAGCCUUCAGUGCUGCAGCUCCCACCCUCUGGAACACUCUUCCUGCAGACAUUCGUAGUGCUCCAUCUCUGGACAUUUUCAAAAAACGUCUCAAGCACCAC